AUGCCGCCGGGUUUCGAAGAAAAUCAAUCCCCAUCUAACUGUCUAUAUAAAGGCAGUUGUGACUUUUGCGGAGUUUUGAGGAGCCACGACCAUGGCACGAAACGUGGAAGGGAAAGAAGUUCAUCAAGAAGCUAUGAUACUAAGCGAGUAAGGGGCCAUCGGCCUGGAUCUAGAUCUCGAGAAUGGCAGAGGGCGGAGAGACGAUCAAGGUGGCGUUCUAGAUCAGGCUCGAGAAGCAGCAACAGGGCCGCAUCUAAGGUUUUGUGCUUGAAAGAUGUGGUUGAUCCGGUUGAGAUAGUUAGUGACCUAGAUUAUGAGUACGUAAUGGAUAAAGUUGGAAGGGAGUGCGAAAAAUUUGGUACGCUAGUGAAAUUGGUGAUGCCCCGUCCAGUUGGUAUUGAUGCGUGGGAUGAAGAAGCUUCAAGAAAAGCAGGGUUCGGAAUGGCUUUUGUGGAAUAUGAAGAUGUUGAGGCAGCAGCAAAAGCGCGACAAGGGUUGAAUGGUCAGAUAUUUGAAGAGAUACAACAUGGCAUUCCAAUGGUUGUCGACUUUUAUCCUGAGCAACGGUUCUUGCGAGAGGAUUACGGGGCUUAA